GUCGGAGGGGAAGGGGAGGGGAGGGGCACCGCCGCCCGCGCGCGCGCGCGUGACGCGGCCCCGUCGGCGGCGGCUGGACCAAUCAGGGACCGAGGGACAUGCGAGGCUACAAGUAGCAGCGGGCCGCGCCCAACGGGUCAUUUUCGAACUGCUGUCUCGCGGAAGCGUAGAUCGGAAGGCUUCGUCACACGGCCUGGGUCUACCUUUCUUUGACAGCCAACGGAUCUCAGAUAUUCAUCAUGCGUGAGUGCAUCUCCAUCCAUGUGGGUCAGGCCGGUGUCCAGAUGGGCAACGCCUGCUGGGAGCUCUACUGCCUGGAGCACGGCAUCCAGCCGGAUGGCACCAUCCCCUCGGACAAGUCCAUGGGCGCCAGCGACGACUCCUUCUCCACCUUUUUCUCGGAGACCGGUGCCGGCAAGCACGUGCCGCGCGCCGUGUUCGUCGACCUGGAGCCGUCUGUGGUGGACGAGGUGCGCACGGGCGCCUACCGCCAGCUCUUCCACCCGGAGCAGCUCAUCUCCGGCAAGGAGGAUGCCGCCAACAACUACGCCCGCGGCCACUACACCAUCGGCAAGGAGGUGGUCGACCUGGUGCUGGACCGCAUCAGGAAGCUGGCCGACCAGUGCACCGGCCUGCAGGGCUUCCUGAUCUUCCACUCGUUCGGCGGCGGCACCGGCUCCGGCUUCACCUCGCUGCUGAUGGAGCGUCUCAGCGUCGACUACGGCAAGAAGUCGAAGCUGGAGUUCGCCAUCUACCCGGCGCCGCAGGUGGCCACGGCCGUGGUGGAGCCGUACAACUCCAUCCUGACCACCCACACCACCCUGGAGCACUCGGACUGCGCCUUCAUGGUCGACAACGAGGCCAUCUACGACAUCUGCCGCCGCAACCUGGACAUCGAGCGUCCGUCCUACGCCAACCUGAACCGUCUGAUCGGCCAGAUCGUCUCCUCCAUUACGGCCUCGCUGCGCUUCGACGGCGCCCUGAACGUGGACCUGACCGAGUUCCAGACCAACCUGGUGCCGUACCCGCGUAUCCACUUCCCGCUGGUCACCUACGCUCCGGUCAUUUCGGCGGAGAAGGCCUACCACGAGCAGCUCUCGGUCUCCGAGAUCACCAACGCCUGCUUCGAGCCGGCCAACCAGAUGGUCAAGUGCGACCCGCGCCACGGCAAGUACAUGGCCUGCUGCAUGCUGUACCGCGGUGAUGUCGUCCCCAAGGACGUCAAUGCCGCCAUCGCGGCCAUCAAGACCAAGCGCAGCAUCCAGUUCGUCGACUGGUGUCCGACCGGCUUCAAGGUGGGCAUAAACUACCAGCCGCCGACCGUGGUGCCCGGCGGCGACCUGGCCAAGGUCUCCCGCGCCGUCUGCAUGCUGUCCAACACCACCGCCAUCGCCGAGGCCUGGGCCCGCCUGGACCACAAGUUCGACCUGAUGUACGCCAAGCGCGCCUUCGUGCACUGGUACGUCGGCGAGGGCAUGGAGGAGGGCGAGUUCUCCGAGGCGCGCGAGGAUCUGGCCGCGCUGGAGAAGGACUACGAGGAGGUCGGCAUCGACUCGGCCGAGGCCGAGGGUGACGAGGGAGAUGAGUACUAAGCGUGCUGACGAGCAGCGAGCUUUGUCGUGACUUUCGUGAACCGGACAGCGGCUCGUAACCAGCCGCCGUCCGUCUUUUGUUAGUCUAGAUAGUCUUCCGGAACGAACUCAAAUACAUUGAAUCUGCAUUUA